AUGGACACUCUGCGUCGUAACAGAGGUGUCUUUAGGGUUUCAGUAUGUGGGCAAGAGGAGUUAGAGCAGCUCUCAAGAGAUGGUAGCCAUUACAGUCUCUCAACAGGGAUUUUGCCUUCACUCGGUGCAAGAAGUAACCGAAGAGUUAAGCUCAAUAGGUUCAUUAUCUCGCCUUAUGACCGUCGUUUCAGAAUAUGGCAGACAUUUCUAGUUGUUCUGGUCAUCUAUACAGCUUGGGUAUCACCUUUCGAAUUUGGAUUUCUCAAAAAACCAGAGAGACCACUCGCCAUCUGUGACAAUGUUGUCAAUGCAUUCUUUGCUACGGAUAUUGUUCUAACCUUCUUUGUGGCUUACCUUGAUAAAACAUCCUACCUACUUGUUGAUGAUCGCAAGAAGAUUGCUUGGAAGUAUUCCACUUCCUGGUUGACUUUGGAUGUCAUAUCCACAAUCCCAGCUGAACUAGCUCGGAAGAUCUCCCCUAAAUUAUUCCGGUCCUAUGGCGUAUUCAACAUGCUUCGCCUUUGGCGUCUCCGACGAGUUAGUGCCCUAUUUUCUAGAUUGGAGAAAGAUAGGAACUACAACUAUUUCUGGGUUCGAUGUGCUAAACUAAUAUGUGUCACACUUUUUGCAGUACACUCUGCUGGAUGCUUCUAUUAUCUUAUUGCUGCAAGCUAUCAUGAUCCACAAAGGACAUGGAUUGGAUCAGCUCUAGGAGACAAUUUCUUAAAGCAGAGUAUCUGGAGAAGAUACGUGACUUCCAUUUACUGGUCUAUCACUACUCUAACUACUGUGGGCUAUGGCGAUUUGCAUCCUGUGAACACAAGGGAGAUGAUGUUUGACAUCUUCUACAUGCUCUUCAACCUUGGAUUGACGGCAUACUUGAUUGGAAACAUGACGAACUUGGUUGUGCAUGGAACUAGUCGAACUAGAAGAUUUAGAGAUACCAUACAAGCUGCUUCAAGUUUUGCUCAGAGGAACCAGCUUCCUGUUCGCCUACAAGAUCAGAUGCUUGCACAUUUGUGCUUGAAGUUCAGGACAGAUUCAGAGGGACUGCAGCAGCAAGAAACGCUUGAUUCCCUUCCAAAAGCCAUCCGUUCAAGCAUUUCACAUUAUCUUUUCUACUCUCUUGUGGACAAGGUCUACUUGUUUCGAGGGGUUUCCAAUGACUUGCUUUUCCAGUUGGUCUCAGAGAUGAAAGCUGAGUAUUUUCCUCCCAAAGAAGACGUGAUCUUGCAGAAUGAAGCACCAACAGACUUUUAUAUACUUGUUACUGGUGCUGUGGAUCUACUUGUUAUGAAAAAUGGAGUCGAACAGGUUGUUGGCGGGGCAAAAACUGGUGAUCUUUGUGGUGAAAUUGGAGUACUUUGUUAUAGGCCACAGCUCUUCACAGUGCGAACCAAAAGAUUGAGCCAAUUACUACGACUGAACCGUACUGCAUUCUUGAAUAUUGUUCAGGCCAACAUUGGAGAUGGGACCAUAAUCAUGAAUAAUCUCCUUCAGUACUUGAAAGAACUAAAAGACCCAAUUAUGGAGGGAGUAUUGCUGGAGACAGAGAACAUGCUGGCUCGUGGUAGAAUGGACCUACCUCUAAGUCUAUGCUUUGCAGCACUAAGGGGAGAUGAUCUGUUGUUGCAUCAGUUGUUGAAACGAGGCCUGGAUCCAAAUGAAUCAGACAACAAUGGGAGGUCAGCAAUGCAUAUAGCAGCGUCCAAAGGAAGUGAGAACUGUGUGCUACUUCUACUGGAUUAUGGAGCAGAUCCGAACUGCCGAGUUAUAUUCUUGCCAAAUGAGGAUUUAAUUAUUUGGAGGGUGCAUGCAGACUCGGAUGGAAAUGUACCACUAUGGGAGGCAAUGCUGGGAGUUCAUGAAGCAGUGACUAAACUACUGAUAGAAAAUGGUUCAAGCAUACAUCAUGGAGAUGUGGGCCAUUUUGCGUGCACUGCUGCCGAGCAAAACAACUUGAACUUGCUCAAGGAAAUUGUUCGAUAUGGAGGGGAUGUGACAAGUCCGAGGAACAACGGGACCACUGCUCUACACGUAGCAGUUAGUGAAGACAACACCGAGAUAGUCAGAUUCCUCUUGGAUCAAGGUGCUGAUAUUGACAGACCAGAUGUCCAUGGUUGGACUCCAAGGGAUCUAGCUGAUCAACAAGGACACGAAGAAAUAAAAUUCAUUUUCCAAACUCGUGUAGAGGCCAAAAAGCAAUCCUUUGUUGCUAUUCCUGAGAAGCAGGAACAUGGAAUUCGAUUCCUUGGGAGGUUUACCAGUGAGCCCACUAUUCGGCCUGUGUCUCAAGAAGGUUCAUUCCCAGCUACAGAUGGAUCAUGGAGCCAGACCCGUCCGAGGCGCAGAACAAAUAAUUUUCACAAUUCACUCUUCGGGAUGAUGUCAGCUGCCCAAAAGGGGGAGAAAGACAUGCUGUUCUCAAUCAGCCAUCCUAAUCAUGGAGCUAGUCCCGCUAGAGUGACAAUUAGUUGCCCAGAAAAGGGAGAAGUUGCAGGAAAGCUCGUUCUACUUCCUAGUAGCUUUCAGGCAUUGCUUGAGAUUGGUGCUAAAAAAUUUGGGAUCUCACAUGCCAAAGUAAUGAGCAAGGAUAGAGCUGAAAUUGAUGACAUUGAGGUGAUUAGAGAUGGUGAUCAUCUUAUAUUUGUUACUGAGGGAAUGCAAGACACUAACAACCAAGACACAUAA